AUGGCAUCUUCUUCCUCCAAAUUGAUUAUUGACUCAAAGCGUGAGAAGGUGCUGUUCGUAGAAGCAUCAAAAGCGGUUGUAGACUUUCUCUUUUACUUGCUCUGUUUGCCCAUUGGUAGUGCCACAAGGAUUCUGAACAAGGAUCAAAUGGUUGGCUCCUUAGUCAAUCUGUAUGAAAGUGUUAAGAAUCUGGAUGAAACUUACAUGGAACCAAAGCUGCGUAAGGAUCUAAUGUUGAAGCUAAUUGCCUCCGUUUCUUCACAAAUCUCAGGCCUUCUUCCUUCAAUCGAUGACACUUCUUCUGACACCUCCAAGUAUGUGUUCUACAGGUGCCCAACUCACUAUGGUUACGUCACAUGUGAUAACACCACUCGCUGUCCUUACCAAUGUGGGAAUACUAUGAACAGUGUAAUGCAAUUUGUUGGUGAAAAGGUUGGAAGUUUUGAAAUUUCAGCCGACAAGAGUGGUUUUGUGAACGAGGUAGUAACUUACAUGGUGAUGGAUGAUUUAGUGGUUCAGCCCAUGUCAAGCAUCUCAAGCAUUACCUUACUCACCAAAUUCAACGUCAAAGAGGUUGGUGCAUUGCAAGAAAAGGUGGUCGAUUUAGACAUGAACAAGGAAUGUCUCGUGGGGCAUCUUCAUCUUCUUGCAAUAGCUGAGUUCACCGAACUUGCAAUUCCUGCCAUGGUGGUUCUAGGGUUUCAGGCUGACCCCCAAUUUGUGAUUGCGGAGACAUUGCAGUGGUGCGCACAGCUAGAACUACAAAAAACUUGGGUAAACAAUGUUGGGGUUGUGCGAACUUUAAGGACAUACCUCCGCGUUGAACCCUAA